AUGUGCCCAGAAGAAGACACAUUCGAUUGUUAUUACUUGGGGAACACUGAGUCUGUGUGGAAUGAAGAAGGUCUAGUGAUCCUCCACUAUGUUGUGGCAGAUGGGAACUCAACCAGAAGUCCUGGAACGGAAGACCUUCUUUGUAGAGAUCCUGGAAAAAUUUGUGCAGCUACCACCACACAGUCAAGGCACAGGGGUCACUUCUCUCGGUGCCCCAAGGAAUACAAACAUUACUGCAUCAAAGGGAGAUGCAGGUUCCUGGUAGCUGAGCAGACGCCCUCCUGUAUUUGUGAUGAAGGUUACACUGGAACAAGAUGUGAGAGAGUUGACUUGUUUUACUUAAGAGGAGACAGAGGACAGAUCCUGGUGAUUUGUUUAAUAGCACUUAUGGUAAUUUUUAUCAUCCUGGUGGUCAGUGUUUGCACAUGCUGUCAUCCUCUUCGGAAACGUCGUAAAAGAAGGAAGAAGGAAGAAGAAAUGGAAACUUUGAGUAAAGCUACAACUCCGUUCGAUGAAAAUAUUCAAGAGACUAAUAUUGCUUAA